UAUACUGGGCGCCAAAAACAAUACCAAAUAAAUAUUUCAACUGCGCUGAAAAGAUAUUGAAAGUGAAUAUGGCAAUCCGCUACGGGAUGAGUAUCACAUAACGUGUCGCAAUGCAUCAAAUGACAUCGUGAAGUGAUGUCUGAAUACGGCUGGAGAUAUUUAAAGGCAUCUGCGGAACAUCUGGGAGCACUGCAAAGAGUGAAGUCCUGAACAUACGAGAGAUUGGUAUCUUCGCUUCAUCUGCUGUCUGCUACAGACAUGAAGGCUGCACUUUUCGUCCUAAUCGCGGUCGCCGCACAAUGUUCCGCAAUGAUGACAGGCGGUUGGACCGAGCAGAACCCAUCGAGUGACCCAAAGUAUUUGCAACUCGCGCACUUUGCGAUUGCUCAACAGACAACUGGCCAGCCUAACUACAACACAGUCCUGAGGCUGCUCAAAGUGCAGACACAGGUUGUCGCUGGAGUCAACUACAAGUUGUUAUUCGAGACUGCCCCCUCCAACUGUGCCACCGCGGAUGGUCCCUACUCCAGCGAGUUCUGCAAACCUACAACUAAUCAGGCCUCCGCAGCCUGCACUGCGAUAAUCUACGAGCGCCCAUGGGAAAACUACCGGGAGGUGACAUCGUUCAGGUGCCACGAGUAACGCACACGGACUCACAGGGACAAUGAAGCCGUCUACACGAGGGAGCUGGCUAUCUACAUUUAAAAAAAAACUCGAAUUGAAGCUUUGCUUCUCACGCUGUAUACGCAAUCAUUUCAAUAAAACUCCGUGAAAAAAACUGGGUGUUUAAAUUGA